AAUUUACUUUAAUAAUUAUAACAUUAUGUCCGUCUAUAACAACCAAUUCAUUGAGAGUGAAACUACUCCACAAAUAAAUGCUGACAAUCCAAGUGAUGGUAAUUAUGAAACCCAAUUCAUUGAGAUGUCAGCCAUAGGUUCGGGAAGUUUUGGAACUGUAUUUAAAGUAAAGCAUAGAUUGGAUGAUAAGAUAUAUGCCGUGAAAAGAGUAUCAAUUAAAUGUAAUGAAGAACGGAAACAAAAAGUUCUGAGAGAAGUGAAAAGUUUGGCAAAACUGGACUCAGAUUUUGUGGUCAAGUAUUACAAGCAUUGGUUUGAAUGCAAUCAUCUCUUCAUUCAAAUGGAGUUCUGUUCGCAAAGUCUUAAAUCACUUCUCGAAGAGAAAGCCAUUGUCUUCGAGAGACAAUCGGAAGGCAUGAAAGUUAUUGAAUAUUUCAUUUCAUGUGAAAUAUUCAAACAACUCUUAGAGAGUGUUCAAUACAUUCACGAACGCAACCCUCGUGUCAUUCAUAGGGAUCUUAAACCCGACAAUAUAUUAAUUGAUCCCAACUUUACGUCCAAUCGGUUCGUAAAACUGUGUGACUUUGGUUUGGCCACCGAUCACGACAUCGAUGGUAACACUUCCAGCCGAUACAACCAUACAGUUUGCGGUACCCGUAAAUAUAUCGCACCCGAAGUAAAUAGCGGUCGAUAUAACCAAAAGGCAGACAUUUAUAGUCUCGCUGUAAUCGGUGGCCAACUCUUUGGUAUUGAUCUUCAGUCCUCGCAAUCAUUUGAAGCAAUAAAACCAGAAUUAAAGGCUUCAAUGAAAUGUUUAAUACAGACAUUACAGGCAAUGAUAACGAGUGGAGAUAUUUGGCAAACGCCCCCCAAAUGGAGACAAAGGCCUGAGUGUCGGGAAGUGUUGGCCAAACAUAACGAGUGGUCUAUCAGUCAUAAGACAGUACAUUGGAAGGGCUCCAAUCGGGAGGUCCAAAUCAACGGCUCCUUUUUCAACGACCCGCUCUCCCUGUGCUAUACAUUACCCUUUUAUGAGUGUUUGGAAUCCAAACUUUGGAUUGAAAAUUCAAUGAGUUGUGAAGCGGGUGCCCCGAUUGUGCAGGUUAUUCCGAAACAGCGGUAUAUAAUUUACCACGCUGAUCUUGAGCAUUAUACACGUACAGUUGAUAAUGUACCUAAACUGUACGUGUAUAAUGCUCGUGAUGAGCGUAGUUUUGCCCGUCACUCAACACCAGUGAUCUCUGGCCGCCGAACUCCAGUCCUGGCCAGUGGC